AUGCCGAGACAACUAUCGGGCUUCACCGAGUUCAAUCCGAGCAAGGACAUCCCUUCUCUCCGCAGCAAAGUCAUUUUUGUUACGGGUGGCACUGCGGGUGUAGGAAAGAGCACUAUAGAGCAACUGGCACGGCAUCAGCCAGCUCAUCUAUACUUCACAGGCCGGAAUCAAUCUGCUGCUGAACACGUAGUCAGCCUUGCCAAGGCGGCUCAACCAAGCACUCCCAUUACAUUCAUCCAGAUGGACCUCUCUUCUCUCGCAUCUGUUAAAUCAGCCGUUGCUCAAUUCACCCACGAUCGCCUGGAUAUAUUGAUAUGCAACGGCGGGAUCAUGGAUGUUCCUCCCGCUGUCAGUGUGGAUGGAUUUGAGAUUCACAUGGCCACCAAUCACCUUGGACACGCCUUGCUCAUUGAUAAACUUCUACCCGUCAUGCUCCAAACGGUGUCUCUACCACAAGCAGACGUGCGAAUCGUCAUACUCAGCUCUGCAGGGUUUGCACUCCACCCAAAGGACGGACUCUCUUGGGAUAAAUUAUCAUCAGCCCAGAGCGGGUUCGUGGAGUCUAUGACAAGAUACGGCCAAAGUAAACUUGCAAACCUUGUAUACGCGGCCGAACUUGCACGCCGAUAUCCUCAGAUACUCAGUGUUUCUAUCCACCCCGGGUUUGUUGCCACAAACUUGGUACACAGCUCUUCUGUCCUGGCCAAGCUUUACUCAUAUGGGAGGCACUGGCUCAGAGGGGAAUCUAUCCUUUCGCCGCAUGAGGGAUCUUUGAAUUCAUUAUGGGUGGCAGCCGGAGCGGAGCGAAACAACCUUGUCAACGGUGCAUACUACGAGCCAGUUGGCGUUCUUCGAAAGCCGGAUGGCCUCGCCUCCAGUGAGGAAUUUACCAAGCGAGUGUGGACAUGGACGAAUGGCGUUUUGGCUGCCUUUCGCUAA